CACGUCUUAUUCCCGUGCAUCCGUGUCGACGACGAUAAUAGUAAAACAUUUACUAAUAUUAUUGUCUAAAUCGGAAACACUCAUUUUUACAACCAACAACAUAACAGUAAAUCCAUUUAAUCCAGAUACUUGUUGAUUUAUUGUUUUUCGCCCUCAAAAAGAUGGCACCGAACGCUCACGAAUCAGAGCCUGUACGCGCCCCCGCUGCCGCCAAGCCCGAUGUGUUGUCGGACGAGUUUGGUUUCCAGGCCGAAGACAUCGUUAUAUCCGGUCUCUCUGGUCGGUUUCCGGAAUGCGACAGCAUCGACGAGAUGAGGGAGAAGCUGUACGGUGGCGUCGACAUGGUCACCGAUGAACCCUCAAGAUGGCCCUACGGUCUGUAUGGUGCCAUCAUGAGAACUGGAAAAAUGAAGGACCUUACCCAAUUUGACGCUGAAUUUUUCAACUACCCUCCUGCUUUGGCUGAACGUAGUGAUCCGCAACAAAGAAUGCUGUUGGAAGUUGCUUACGAAGCAAUCGUUGACGCAGGACUUCAUCCUAUGGCUUUGAAGGGCACCCGUACCGGUGUAGUUGUGGCUCUAUCAUCUAGUGAAACAUGCGAUUGGUGGUCCAAAGAUCCAGAAAUCGUCAACGGGUAUGAAUUUUUGGGAUCCUCCAGAACGAUGAGCGCUAACCGCGUGUCCAACUACUUUGACCUUAAGGGACCUAGCUACUCCAUCGACACUGCGUCUUCUACCAGUUUGAUCGCACUUCACCAAGGUUUCAAGCUCAUUCAAGAUGGCGUUUGCGAAAAUUGUAUCGUGGCUGGUGUCGAUCUUGUGUUGAACCCAACUGUAUCACUCAUGUUCCAAAACUUGAAUAUGUUGUCGCCCGGUGGCAAGUGCCGAUCAUUUGAUGCCGAAGGUGAUGGAUACGUACGAUCAGAAGGUGUUGUCGCCGUGCUAUUACAAAAAGCCAAAUCGGCGAGACGUAUUUACGCCGGUUUAUUGAACACCGGAAGUAACGCAGACGGAUACAAAGACGAGGGUAUUACAUUCCCUUCCCAAGAAAUGCAAAUUUCUCUGUUUAAGAAAGUUCAAGAUGAAGUCGGUGUUAAAUCGACUGAUCUAGCUUUCAUGGAAGCUCACGGAUCUGCUACCAAAGUGGGUGAUCGUCAAGAAGUUGGCGCAAUCGUUGAAGUUUUCUGUACAGGAAGGACUAAACCGCUUCUUAUAGGAGCUCUCAAGUCGAACAUGGGCCAUGGUGAACCAGCUUCCGCCUUAUCUGCUGUCAUAAAAGUCCUCGUAGCCAUGGAAUGUAGACUUUUGCCACCUAACUUGCAUUACAAUAUACCGAAUCCGGAUAUUCCAGCCCUUGUAGACGGAAGAUUGACUGUCGUUGAAAACGUUACUCCAUGGAACGGUGGUAUUGUUGCAGUCAACUCAUUUGGUGUGGGUGGUGCCAAUGGACAUUGUUUGAUGAAAUCCUAUACCCAACAGAAGAAAGAUCCACAAGUGCUAGAAGAGGAAUUACCUAGAUUGGUAGCAGUAUCAGCUAGAAAUAAAAGCGCUAUAAACUACAUGAUAAACCGAAUCGACGAAAUGCCCAGAGACAAAGAGUUCUACGCUUUGUUGUAUGGUGUCCAUACUGAUCAAAUAGUUGGCCACAAAUACAGAGGUUACAUUUUAUUCAACGGAAUGUACGACAAGACUCGUCAGAUUGCUGAGUACGACGGUCAAAAGAAACCAGUCGUUUUUGUUUUACCCGGUGCGGAGAGUCACUGGUCUGAUGUAGGUAAUCAAUUAAAACGUUUACACGUGUUCAAUGAGUCAAUCGAGAAGAGCGCCAAUUUAUUAAAACAAAAAGGAUUCAAUUUACGUUCAGUUUUGAGAAAUACAGAUCUUGUAUCGAUAAGUAAUCCAUUUUUGUCCGUCGUGACUACGACCGUUGUUCAAAUUGCUCUCUUGGACGUCCUAGAAAGCCUGAAAAUAACACCAGAUUACAUUGUCGGAGAACCUUUAAGUGAACUAGCGGCCGCAUACGCCGAUGGCGUUUUGACAGCAGAAGAAGCAAUUUUAUCGGCUUAUGCUAUUGGUAGUGUAUUGGCUGAAGCUAAAAUUACCCCAUCUCAAAAUGGGCCCGUGUUAUCUUCUCAGAACGUAUCAAAAGUAUCCAAACAAUUGCAGUCCGCUUUACAAUCCAUCAUCACUAAAUCAAAAUCCAUUUCAUCUCGAUGGAUUAGCGCUUCACAGUCAUUAGGAAGCCAAGCGGUGACAUCAACAUACUUUGUCAAUAGCUUGUCCACGCAAUUAUCUCUUCAAGACUCGUUGGUAAAAUGCCCAGAAAAUGCAGUUUAUAUUCAAAUUCUCGCUCAAAAACGAGCACAAAACUACUUUGAAAGUAAUUUAAGCUCUGAUGCCAAAUACGUAAACUUGAUUAAAGAUGAAAAAGAUAUGUAUAAACAGCUGUUGUUGAGUGUAGGAGACUUGUUCAAUGUUGGUCUUCAACCUCAAAUUGAACAUUUAUACCCACCAGUGAAAUUCCCCGUGGCCGCACGUACUCCAAUGAUUCAAUCAUUAGUCGAGUGGGACCAUUCUGUUAAAUGGAGCGUGGUUACAUUCCACGGCAAGCCAAUUUGUAAAGCUGGAGAAGUUAUAUUAAACGUAGAUGUCAAUUCCAAUAAAUACAGUUUUUUGAAAAACAAUAAAAUUGACGACUUAUUCGUUAUACCUUACGCUGGUUACCUGUCCAUAGUUUGGCAAGGAUUUGCUGAGUUGUUGUAUCAAGAGCCAAAUGAACUGCCAGUUGUGUUUAAAAAUGUAGAAUUCUUAAGGAAAACAGUCAUUCCAGAACAAGGUAUAGUUAAAUUUACUUUGAACGUAUUGUCGUCUGGUGAAUUUGAACUCAAAGAAUCCGGUACGAUUGUGGCUUCUGGACAAAUUAGCACAACAGCUUCAAUUGAUAAGGAACUAUUGAAACUGGCUACCCCCAAAAAUAAAAAAUCGCAAUACUUACCGUUAGAUUCCACUGACGUUUAUAAAGAAUUGCGUUUGAAAGGUUACGAUUACAAUGGUCCAUUUAGAGGAAUCCAAAAAAUUGAUCACACAGGAUACUAUGUUAAUUUCGAUGGAAAUUGGUUGGCAUAUUUAGAAAAUCUAUUCCAAAUAUCGGUGUUGCAAUCAGAUAAUUAUAAUUUGUAUAUUCCGAAAUUCGUAAAAAAGGUAGUCAUCGAUCCAACAAAACAACAAGUACAAACUGACAACAAUGCUAUUUACUACAAAUAUGUUGAUGUAAUUAAGACCGGAAGCGUUGAAGUCCGUGGAUUACAAUUAGAAGAGGUUCCAUUAAGAAACAAAGGUCAAAAAGAUCCAAAUUUAGAGUUUUACUCUUUCCAACCAUAUGUUUCUGAUACGCCAACAACAUAUGCUCUAGACACAUGUGUUCAAUUAGCUUUUGAAAACAGUGGAGGUGCUUUCAAACUAAAAGUAGCUGAGGUAGGAACUGGUAGAAAACCAGAAUCCCUGUUCGCCAAAUCCGUCAUUGAUGUGAUCAACACCGAACCAAUGCCAAGCGUGGACGUAACUGUGUUCACCGACAAGCCAGCUCCUGUCACAGAACAAUUUGAUGAAUUCGGUGUUCGAGCAGUGGAGAAGGAUGUGUAUAGUCCGGAACCAAUCGAUUCUAAUUGUCAUCUGGUAAUUGCCGUCGAUCAACUAAGUAACUCGGUAUUGGUGAAAAAUGCUGUCGACAGUUUAAAAGUUGGCGGUUGUGCAUUGUUUGUCGAAACCAAAAAACCAACGGAACAACAACUUAACUCAACGGGAUUAGAAUUGGUAGCCAAUUUAAGAUCAAAAGAUAAUAAAACAUUUGUUCUUCUCCGAAAGAAUGUGAACUGGUCCACACCAAUCGUGGUUAACUGCACUGGUAAUGACUUUGCUUGGAUCGAACCUUUCAAAUCAGCACUCCAACGAGCUGAACAAGAAAAUAAACAAGUACUUUUAGUUAGCCAAGGAGUCAAAUAUUCCGGAAUUUUAGGUUUUGUUAAUUGUAUUCGAUUGGAACAAAACGGAAAUGCGUUGAGAUGUUUGUUCAUUGAAGACCCGAAAGCACCGAAAUUUUCGUUGACUUCUGAUUUCUACCAGAAGCAAUUGAAAAAAGAUUUGGCCAUCAAUGUUUACCGUGACGGUGUCUGGGGUAGUAACCGACAUUUCCUGUUGGAAGAUGACUCCAACAGUAUACUUGUGCCAAAAGAAUACGCAUACAUAUCCACAAGGAAGAUUGGAGAUCUAUCAACACUGAACUGGAUUGAAGGUCGCCUCCAAUAUUACAAACCCGAAGACUAUCCAGGACGAGAACUGUGCACAGUGUACUAUGCACCGUUGAAUCACAUGGACGUGCUAUUCGCUGAACGCUCGUGGUUGCCGUUCUUCAACACAGACACCGCCGAUCAGGGUGCAUUUUUGGGUCGGGAGUUUGCCGGUCGCAACGCAAAGGGUCAAAGAGUAUUUGGAUUGGUAUCUGGUAGCGCACUCGCCACUCACGUGUUAGCUGACAGCUCAACUCUGUGGGAAGUUCCCGAUAAGUGGACUCUCGAGCAAGCAUCCACAGUUUCUGUCGCAUACGUUUUGGCUUAUUAUGGACUAUUUAUACGUGGUAAACUUCAACCGAACGAAUCAGUGUACCUUAACUCUGGUACAAAUUACACGGUAUUAGCUUCUCUCAAUAUCUUACAAGACAGCAACAUAAAAGUAUACGUCGGAGUAGAGAAAGAAUCACAAAGAGAAUAUCUACAAAAAAAUUACCCUAAGUUAUCUUCAGACAAUAUCGUCAACAGCAAGUUCGCAGAACAAGAGAUACUAGAAAAGACCAAUGGAAAAGGUGUGAAUUUAAUCUUCAACACUCUCGAAUCCACUCCAUUUAAAUUACAGAGUUUCAUCCACACUGUAGCGGAAAGUGGACGUAUCGUUGAGUUUGAAAAACAAAAACAAGCAAUUGAAUCCAUUGGUGUUACCGGAAACUUGAAGAACAUUACCAUCAUAAAAAUGAACUUAAAGAGUCUGUUCCACGGAAGAUAUUCUUUACUCGAUAAACAGGAGCUCCAAAAACUCAUAGCUAAUGGAAUCAAAACCGGUGAAGUACAGCCAUUGCCCACAACGGUCUACUCUACUGAUGAAAGUUUAUUAGAAGCUUUUGAAAGGACCGAAAGUUUCAACUACAUCGGUAAAAUUGUAUUAAAAAUCCGCGAUGAAGAAUCGAAAAAAGUCGUCGUUCCAGCACCCAAAAAAGUAUUAGCAGUACCGAAAACAUUUGUUGACCCAGAAAAUACAUAUGUCGUAAUCGGUGGCUUAAGUGACUUUGGUCUACAAAUGGCCAACUUUUUGGUAACCAGAGGUGCGAAAAAAAUAGUAUUGGUAUCUAGCAGUGGAGUUAGUACCGGAUUCCAAUCGUUGUUCAUGCGAAGGUGGAAAGAAAAGAACAUUGAGGUUGCUGUCAUCGCAUACGAUACGACUAAACUGGAAGAAACCGAAGCACUGCUGAAAGAAGUCAACCAAUUGGGACCAGUUGCGGGAAUAUUCCAUGUGGACUCUGUAUUACACAGUAUUUCGUCUACUGAUUUGACCGCGGCCGAUUUCCGCUCAGCAUACGACCAGAAAGCUUUGUCCGUCAUAAAUCUUGACACAGCCUCCCAAAAACUGUGUCCAAAACUCAAAUAUUUCUUCGUCUGGUCCUCGGGAACUUCCGGACAUGGUAUAGCCGGCCAAGCCGACUACGGUUACUCUGACUCAGCGAUAGGAAAGAUAUCAGAAGCUCGAAAAGCAGCUGGAUACCCAUCGACUGUCGUUGAAUGGGGAGCAAUUGGAGAUGUUGGUCCAAUCUUAGACACGUUUGACGAUAACAAUGCGAUUGUCAGCGGUACCUUGCCACAGAGGAUCGCUUCAGUUCUGAACGUGGUCGAUGACUUCCUGAAUCAGCCACAUGCCGUGCUAUCAAGCUCGGUUCUCGUGGAAAAGAAAAUGGCCAACGUUGAACCUGUGUCCGUUGGACCCGCCGACGCCGUCGCCAAAAUUUUAGGUAUCAAAGAUGUCAAGAAUGUUUUGGGUACAUCUACAUUGACCGAACUUGGUUUGGACUCGUUGUUGGGAACCGACAUUAAACAAGUAUUGGAACAAGACUUCAACAUUGAAUUCAGCGCUAAAGAAAUCAGGGAAUUGACAUUCGAUAUAAUCAAAGAGCUCCAGUACUAAAGAGGCGUCAGAGUUUAAGGUGCUUACUACUGGUGCUUUGUUGCUGUGCCUCAAGAACCACGUAAUCUCGUCAUUUUUUGAAAUUGUUAAUGUACUAUUUAAUUGAUAAUCUAUAUGAUUAUUAUUGUUGUUAUUAUGCUGUAGACAUUUAGAAUAAAGUGAACUAUAAAUAAAA